ACUCUUUGACGUGACUAAUCAAAUCAAUCCCACGUUUCCUUCUCCGUCUCUAUGUUUUCUCGCAGAUUCCUCAAUGCCGUUCUUCUCGUGUUGCACCAAAGCGAGUCUCUGCUACUCUCCAGGCAGCUCUCGUGGAGACUCCACUCCUCGUAGUCCCUUCUCUCCAUCUUCUCCUUAUGAAAGGCGCAAAGCUUAUGCGGCGGAUUCCAAGUUUCAACGUCCCCAAGCCACUUCUUCUUCCCCACUGGAUCCAUCAUCCCCUGCAUCAAUGCUCCAUGGAGGCCACAAGCUCCACGAGGCUUUCCAAAUGAAACAAGGCCGUUUUGAUCUCCAAGCCGCAAAGAUUUCGGAGAUGAUGAAAUCUAAUAAUUUAGAUAAUGCUCCCACGCAGUCACUUUUAAGUAUUGCAACUGGAAUUCUUGAUGACAGUAUUGAGAGAAACAAUGGUGAAGUCCCUCAGCGUGUAGCAUGUCUGUUGAGAAAAGUCGUGCUGGAAAUUGAGCGACGUAUUUCAACUCAAUCUGAGCAUCUACGAACGCAAAACAGUGUGUUUAAAGCUCGUGAGGAGAAGUAUCAAUCGAGGAUCAAAGUUCUUGAAACCUUAGCUUCAGGAACUAGUGAAGAAAAUGAGAUUGCUACGAAACAACUUCGACGGUUAAAGACAGAAAAGAAGAAAAUCAAAGAGGAGGAUAUGGUUAAGCUAGAGAAAGAAAAUGGUCAAUAUAAUCAUGAAAUUUUCACUUUAAGGCGAGAACUAGAGACAGCCAAGAAAGCGUAUGAACAACAAUGCUUGCAAAUGGAAAGCCAUACAAAGCUGGAAGAAGAGAAGAAAAACAAAGAGGAGGAUAUGGUUAAGCUAGAGAAUGGUGAAUAUAAUCAUGAAAUUUCCACUUUAAGGCGAGAACUGGAGACAGCCAAGAAAGCGUAUGAACAACAGUGCUUGCAAAUGGAAAGCCAUACAAAGCUGGAAGAAAAGAAGAAAAACAGAGAGGAGGAUAUGGUUAGGCUAGAGAAGGCAAAUGGUGAAUAUAAUCAUGAAAUUUCCACUUUAAGGCGAGAACUGGAGACAACCAAGAAAGCGUAUGAACAACAAUGCUUGCGGAUGGAAAGCCAAACACAGGUCGCCACAACGGGUAUUGUGGACAGGGUGAAGGAGCUUGAACAAAUGACAAAAGAUGCAAGCGUUUCAAAAAUUGCCCUUGAGGAGAGGAUUAAGGAGCUUGAAAAGAUUGGAAAAGAAGCCAAUGCUGCUAAGACCGCUCUUGAGGUAAAGGUAAAAGAGCUUCAACAAUUCAAAUUAGAGAUAGUGACUGUUAACACAAGCCUUGAAGCCAAAAACCAAGAUCUUGAAAAAAUGGGGAAAGAAGCAUAUGCUGCCAACACGACCCUUGAGGAAACGGUGAAGGAGCUUCAACAAUUCAAAAAAGAGACGGUGGCUGUUAAUACAAGCCUUGAAGCCAAAAACCGAGAGCUUGAAAAGAUGGGGAAAGAAGCAAUUGUUGGUAAAACGAUUCUUGAGGAAAAGGUGAAGGAGCUGCAACAAUUUAGAAUAGAGACAAUAACUGUUAAUACAAGCCUUGAAGCAAAGAAUCGAGAGCUUGAACAUAAUCUAGCCCAGUGGAAGAGUAAAGCCAAAGAAAUGGAAGAAAAUUCAGACUUGAAGAAUCAGAGUUGGAGUCAGAAAGAACUUUCAUAUAGAAGAUUUAUCAACUUCCAGUUCCAGGCACUUCAGGAGUUGAGGCUCUAUUCUAAGUCCAUUAAACAAGAAAUAUUAAAAGUUCAAGACAGCUAUAAAGGAGAGUUUAGUCAAUUAGGUAGGAAGUUACUUGAACUUGGAGAAGCUGCCGAAAACUAUCACGCUGUCCUAGCUGAAAACCAAAAGCUCUUCAAUGAACUUCAGGAGCUAAAAGGAAACAUUAGAGUGUAUUGCCGGGUAAGGCCUUUCUUGCCAGGGCAAGGUGCAUCAAACACUGUGGUGGAACACAUUGGUGAGCAUGGGGAGUUGGUAGUUCUCAAUCCCACAAAACCUGGGAAAGAUGGUCUUCGUAAAUUUAGGUUCAAUAAGGUCUACAGUCCAGCCUCUACUCAAGCUGAGGUAUUUUCGGAUAUAAAACCGCUUGUUCGAUCGGUUCUGGAUGGUUACAAUGUUUGUAUCUUUGCGUAUGGUCAGACAGGAUCAGGCAAAACUUACACAAUGACCGGUCCAGAUGGAGCACGUGAGGAAGAAUGGGGAGUAAACUAUCGUGCUCUAAAUGACCUCUUUAAAAUCUCCCAGUCUCGAAAAAGCAACAUAGCCUAUGAAGUCGGUGUGCAGAUGGUGGAGAUAUACAAUGAACAAGUGCGCGAUUUACUCUCUGGUGACAGUUCUCAAAAGAGUUUAGGUAUUCUCUCUACAGCCCAACAAAACGGUCUUGCUGUACCUGAUGCAAGCAUGUAUCCCGUGACAUCGACCUCAGAUGUUCUUGAACUAAUGAACAUCGGGCUAGAUAACCGAGUCGUUAGCUCAACAGCCUUGAAUGAAAGAAGUAGCCGCUCUCAUAGUAUCGUCACUGUUCAUGUUCGUGGGAAGGACUUGAAGACCGGUUCUGCCUUGUACGGGAAUCUACAUUUGGUAGAUCUGGCGGGUAGUGAGAGAGUUGAUCGUUCUGAAGUUACAGGAGAUAGACUUAAAGAAGCACAACAUAUAAACAAGUCACUCUCAGCUUUAGGAGAUGUGAUAUUCUCUCUUGCUUCAAAGAAUUCUCAUGUACCAUAUAGAAACAGCAAACUAACUCAGCUUCUCCAAAGCUCUCUAGGUGGGCGAGCAAAGACAUUGAUGUUUGUGCAACUCAAUCCUGAUGUUAUUUCAUAUUCCGAGUCAAUGAGUACUUUGAAAUUCGCAGAGCGUGUCUCUGGAGUUGAGUUAGGUGCUGCAAAGAGCAGUAAAGAUGGUAGAGAUGUUAGAGACUUAAUGGAGCAGUUAGGGUCCCUUAAGGACACAAUAGCAAGAAAAGACGACGAAAUAGAGAGGCUACAUUUGCUUAAGGACAUUAAUUACCCACAGAGACUGCAGAGAAAGAGCUUAGGACAUUCCGAUGAGUUUAACUCAGAAGAGUCACAGCUGUCUAUAGAAGAAGAUUCAAGAUCCCAACAAGAUCAUCUCAGACAAUCACGACACUCUAUCAUAGACCGGGAGGCCUUAGCUUCCUCCAUUGAUUCAGAGUAUGAAGAGAGGUUCGAUGAUGGAACAGAAGGUUCCAUCGAUGUUUCUCGUGCAGCAGAAGGGAGAAAACAAUUGAAGAUGUCAGACAAAACGUCUAAGCCAGUGACGCCAAGGGCUUCUACCAAGACAACACGACCACUUGAUCAACUUAAGGUCGCUACGAGGGCUGUAAAGGCCACGUCAGGUUUGAUGUCACCAAGUAAACCCACGUCAACUUUGAUGUCACCAAGCAAGCCUACCGCAGGUUUGAUGUCACCAAGUAAGCCCACAUCAAGUUUGAUGUCACCAAGCAUAAAGAAGACAGGAAGUACUUCUAAUUUGGUCAAGUCACCAAAACGGUGAUCGUAAAGAAAAACUCUUGUCUUUAGCCGGUUUAUUUUAAAAAAAAACUACUUUAUAUUU